AUGUUCCAGGGGCCCGAGGCCGGCCCGGCGAAACCGAGCUCGAGGGGAUUGAAACCGCCCGGAGGGGGCUCCAGCGACCCCUUUGGAUGCCCAGAAGAGGUCUCCUCCCCUCUCAGACCACACAGAAUGGCGUCUAACAUCUUUGGAGCGGGUGAAGAACCUCAGAACAUCCCAAAGAAAACAAAUCCUCCAGGUGGAAAGGACAGCGGCAUUUUUGAGGGCCAUAAACCUAACUCUUACCGUCAUCUUACAAAUCCACCCGGUGGGAAAACGAGCAAUAUCUUCGGGUCUCCAGAACCCUUCAGCACCGUCAGAGCACACCCAAACAAGCCUAAGGAUCACAUUAUGUUGUGUGACAGAGGAGAUUCCCCCCAGGAACAAAAACCAAAAGCUCCAGAAGCCCAAAGACCACAGGUGGCAGAGGCACGCGGAAAGAGAGAGCCGCCAAAAGAAACCCCCAAAGAGGCCGGACUCAAGAUCGAAGACCAUGAGCCUCGGCUGGGGCCACCGCCACGAUCGCACAACAAAGUCCUUAACCCUCCCGGGGGCAAAUCCAGCAUUUCGUUCUACUAG